AUGGCGACGUACUCGCAUUCACCGCGUUUACACGCGGUCAAUCCAACGACGCCCGUACACUCACCACACCACUCCGUCCACAGCUCCUCCUCCUCUCGUCUUUCCGUCCGCAACCUUACCCUCCACGAGUACCGCAAACAACAAAACUCGCCCGCGUCGCAAGCUACUCCGCCUGGCAGAACUCUACGGAGGAAGCCCGCGGCGUCUGGGCUGAAGGAGACUGAGAGCGCGCCGUCGGUCUCGAGGACACCACUUCCAUUGUCGCGAGCGCCGCCUCGACCUUUACACCUAUCUCAGUCGACCCACUCAUUGUUUACGUAUCAACAGCUUCCGCCGUCUCCUCCGCACCAGGACGACCUGUCUGCAGACAAUCUCUUUCGGUCACAAUCUGCAGGGCCGAGCGCGCAAAACAUCGAAGCUACGAAAAAGCGUGAGUUCAAGCCGAUAAAAAGGCUACCAAAACCGUUGUCCACUUCGGGACGCGGUCCCCUGCCCAUUUCUCCUGCACCUCUUGCCUCUGUGACUUCAAAUCAACCGCGACUUUCUCCUUUGAAAUCGACGUCGUUUCCAUCGUUCGAAGAUUCGACAAUCAACGACGACUCUCAGCCGACACCUUUGUCGUUUUCCCUUUCGCGAUUUCCGCAGCCACCGAACUUUUCGAACCCUACUCCAAUCGACGAGGAUGAAACACCGCGCUUGAACACCAUCAGCUUCGUGUCAACAGCACCGGUGACACCCCCGGCGACACCCGCUGUAAUUCACUACCGCGGUGCGUCGUUCGACCUCGUCAACCCGCACAGCUCGCUUGUUUUGGACAACAUCGUAACGCCGUCGCGCGAGCGUGACUCGAGCGAAUACUUGCCAUUGCGCUCUUCCGAAGAUCCGCUCUUAUCUGAGAUGGCCCCGAAACGGCCGCUUUACGGAGACUUAUCUUCGGCUUAUGAAUCUAUAAGGUCAGGGAGAGGCGACAACCGCCCUCCACACCUCAAUCUCGACUUCCCACUGCCUUCGACUCCAGGUGCACAGAGUCCAGGAUCUUCUGCGUUCGAUUCACCCGCCGUGAGCCCCCAAUCCUAUGCUACCGCCUCGCCUCCCUCAAAUCGAAAGCCUGCGAGCGAUUCUCGCUUUUCUCUAAAAAAUCUCACCCGAUCACUUACGCAGAGAUUCUCCAAGGUCUCUGAGAAGGAACAUGGACAAGAGCUGCAGGAGUUUUCCGAGUCUCGAGCCAGUCUUGCCUCGCCAAGCUUCGAGGGCGAGUUUCCUCGCCCGCUUGAGCGGAGUUAUCAUGUGGAGACUCCAAAGGCGUCCACAGUCCCAGAGGGACCAGCGACGCCUGUGUCGCCUUUGGGCCAGCCUGGUCAUUUCACGAAUCAGCAAAGCUCUCCAGCCUCAGUUGAGCAAUCUCGUUACUAUACACAGCGCGACUUCUCCGCACCUUUAACGUCUAUGAUACCGGAUGAUCCUUCAAGUCAGGCUGGACGAGCCAACGAUGUUCGUCCGUGUGCAUCCGAGUCGGACUUGGCGACGAGACCGUACUACGACGACUUUUCUUCGAUAUAUCCGGGGUCAUCGACCUACUCGAGUGAGAGUCGACGGCAAUCAAAAUUCGCUCAGAUCCGUGCAAGCAACAGAGAGAGCAGUCCUUUCUACUGGGGUAUAAGCGGAAAUGCAGAUGCGCUCGCGGAAGAAUAUAAGUCUGAUGCCUUGCCACAAUAUCCGGCCUCGCGACGUACGAGUCGUCGCGUAUCAAAGCCUCUUGAUCAGGAGAUGUUUCACGGCUCGAUGCAUCUGGAGCGCGAGAAGACGGAUACCAUAAGCAAAUUCAUCGACCAGUACAAAGGAAGCGAUAGCGCCAGCGCCUCUCACCCUCUGCUCUACGGAAAUCGUCCGGGGAUAAUCGAUCAUCAGCCCGCUCCAGCAGAACUUUACAGUGAUGCGGCGCGAUCCAAGCGAACAAAUACGACGGGACUCAUAUCUGGCACUGGCCAAUUUCAAUUCGACUUCAAUCAGCCAGGAUCUAGCAAUGAUGAUAAGACGUCAGUCCCGCCUGUAGAAGUAGGACGUGCUACCUUCGCAACUCAUCCUGGCCUACCGCCGUCUGUCCCAGCUCCCUUGGCUCCUGCAUUCCAAUAUGACGAGGAUUUCGAGUCACCGAAGCUUUCUGGUCCCUCAGAUAGCUCGUCUCAGUCCCCGUCUUAUGACGACACUCGAGUCCUUCUUGAGGUUCCUUCACCACCUAUUCAACCGGCAUCAUCUUCUUAUUCUCAGCCCGGCAUCACGUCGACUCCUCCUGAGGCCAUGGAGCAGGCCGAAGAGGUAUUCUCCGAUACAAGUGGUCGACAGCAGUCCGAAGCAAUCCCAGCUAUGUGGUCAAAGCGAGUGUCCAGUCACAAUUUGCUGCGCAAUAAGAGUAACUGCAAGCUCGACGACGAGGAAGAACAGCAGGAUCCAGAGGAGUCAUCCGAAUUGAUUGGGUACGAAGAUGAGGAGCCUACCGAUUGGGAGACUAUGGACUACGGAACCCCGCGGCGCGGUGCCCGCGUGUCAGGUGUGUCAGUUGGCGAAAGCCUGGCAGACUACAGUAGCUCAGAGGGCAGUCACUCCAGCCGUGAUAGCAAGGGCUUUUCUACAACGUUUCCUGUCUACGAAGACCCUCCCCUCGAGGCGGGUUCCUUCCAAUAUCGACACCCGCUACCUCUGCGCAACCCUUCGAAUCCCCUCACUUCGUCUCCGCCACAGCUUUCGUCUACACUACAGCUUCCCGUCGGUGUCAGUCUGCCUGGUAUGGUGCUCGGUAGGAUCGUAACCCCUAUGCAGUCGAGCCCGCCGGCUUCUUCAACACUUCCCACAGUCGACAGGAGAAGCACGAAUGUGUAUGGCAGCAGUCCUAGCCCGAAGGUGCAUGCCAGCAGUCCCAACCCACGACAAAAGUAUCUUCCCUACAAGCCCUGGACGAGUCCCUAUGAAAUGAGCGAGAAGGUGACCCAGGAGCUACUUGCAUCAGGUCCAAAUGAUGAAAUUUUGUAUGAGGAAGAGGACACACAUCGGGAUGGCACGCGCUCCUCGGAUGACGAUCCAUGUUCAAUGCAACCCAUGCGCAUCAGCCUCCCCAGUGCGGAUACGAUGGACGUUGCGAGUAGUGAUCCUAAUACUCCCCGCGACCGUGAGAACUCUUUCGACAAGCUCACGGUAAUCGGACGCAAGGGCAAUCUGACUGGCACUCCUCAUGGAACAGGAAUGAAGGAUGCUGGCAGCAGCGUAGCUGAUAACAGCAGUCCUGGAGCCAUCCUGGACUCAACUCCGCUCGCAUCCUCUACACAAGAGCAUACCGGGUAUCGAAUGUUCAAGUCUACUGCUGCUCAAAUCGCCAAUUCGCGCCCGGACGCCAGGUUUGGACUCGAGAUCAAUACUUCGAGCUCCAGCCUUGCAGAUUCUGAGCGUCGUGGCAAUGUCAACCGUGAUAUGCCAAGGGUGCAUACACCACCUGAUAUGUACGAACGUACGCCUUCCCAGGCUACUCUUCAUCAGGAGUCACCUUUCGCAAAUCCCGAACGUCGAGCGAGUCGAUUGUCACUACGAUCUCCCAUCACGCCCCGCGACCCACGUCGCCGAGGCAGUCGUGCUGCCGUUCCAGGGCAGACGAAGCUCAGGCAGAUGGUGCUUGCUUCUAGUGCGGCAAAGCCGUCUUCAGAGGACAGGAGCGUACAUGACUCUCGCAUCUUUGGAACAGAGCAUAGUGCGCGGCCGUCUACCAGCAAUACCCACACGCCCCUGCGCCAUGCCGCCAGUCGGCCGACAUUGCGGACAGUGCUUGCAUACGAAGAGUCUCCUCAUCUUCUCUGUCCCGAGCGUGCUUUCAAUCCUGUCGAAGAAGAGGCGCGGCGCAAAUUUUCGUGGGCUAUCUUUACGAUUUUCUGUAUUCUACCACCCGCGCUUAUUCUCUAUCGCUGGUAUGGCGAUCUGGUCAUCGUCAACGUGACGAAGGGUCGGUUCUCUCACGUGUCGCCGGAACCCAAGAGGCUCGCACUCGGCGUGGGAAUUGCUGUUAACGUCGGUAUAACCGUGGGCAUUCUUGUGCCUAUCUUGAUUGCGCAUGCAGCUGGGACUUUGUGA